AUGAGCAUCUUGGCCAAGUCUGGACCCAACGCGUCCUGGUGGGCUCUGGACAAUGCAUCGGGCUGCCAGGUCUGUGGCGCCAACGCCUCGGACAGCCUGGCCCCCACGAUGUGGCCUGUGGACACCUGGCUUGUGCCACUCUUCUUCGGUGUGCUAAUGCUGCUCGGCCUGACAGGGAACUCGCUUGUCAUUUUUGUCAUCUGCCGCCACAAGCAGAUGCGCACGGUGACCAACUUCUACAUAGCCAACCUGGCAGCCACAGACAUGACCUUCCUGCUGUGCUGUGUGCCCUUCACUGCCCUACUCUACCCACUGCCUGCCUGGGUGCUUGGUGACUUCAUGUGCAAGUUUGUUAACUACAUUCAGCAGGUCUCCGUGCAAGCCACGUGCGCCACUCUGACUGCCAUGAGUGUGGACCGCUGGUACGUGACGGUGUUCCCGCUGCGUGCCCUGCACCGCCGCACGCCCCGCCUGGCGCUAUCCGUCAGCGUGGGCAUCUGGGUGGGUUCUGCAGCCGUGUCGGCUCCGGUGCUCACCUUGCACCGCCUCUCGCCUGGGCCGCGCACCUACUGUAGCGAGGCCUUUCCUAGCCGCGCCCUCGAGCGCGCCUUUGCGCUCUACAACCUUCUGGCACUCUACCUGCUGCCGCUGGUCGCCACCUGUGCCUGCUACGGGGCCAUGCUUCGCCACCUGGGCCGGGCCGCCGUCAGUCCGGCGCCCGCCGACAGCACCCGGCAGGGACAGAUGCUGACGGAGCGAGCGCAAGCUGUGCGGGCCAAGGUGUCAAGGCUGGUGGCGGCCGUGGUUCUGCUCUUCGCUACCUGCUGGGGCCCCAUCCAGCUCUUCCUGGUGCUGCAGGCGCUGGGCCCGGCAGGCUCAUGGCACCCGCGCAGUUAUGCAGCUUACGCGCUCAAGAUCUGGGCGCACUGCAUGUCCUACAGCAACUCGGCACUGAACCCGCUGCUCUACGCGUUCCUGGGCUCGCACUUCCGUCGGGCCUUGCGGCGCGUCUGCCCCUGCGCUCCCACGCGCCCCACGCGCCCCCAGCGGUCAGGACCCUCGGAUCCCACCGCCCCACACGCGGAGCUGCACCGCCUGGCCUCCCAUCCUGAUCCCAGAACGUCGAAGCCGGGGAACAGCGGGACGAGAUGCACAGGCUGCGCGUACUGAGGGAACAUGCUGUCCCUCUCUGAUCCUACUCUGGUGGAAUUGAGGUGGGCCCCUGGGGAACAGGUGUUGCUUGAACAGCAGCUGCCAUUAUUCUGUUACUUUAUCUUUAUUUUUGUCCAAGAUAAUCUUAGUGAAAAUGUUUUGUCCUCUUGUAACUUUGGUACAAAUUGCCUGUAGUGUUUAUACUUCUUGCUAUUGUGGUGAUUAUUUCUGCAUUUCCUGACAUUGAGAUGCUUUGAUGCUGGCAUCAUCUGGGACUUUCCAGGAAGCUUCAAUAGACCUUUUGACACACUACUUCCUGGUCGACUGUAAGAUUCACCCCAUUGUCAGCGAUAUAA